GCGCGGGGCUUGUAUGGAUCAGAUCAGCCACACCCAGCAGCAGCAACAACCGCGUGCCUUCUUCCAUCUUCUUCCUCCGGCCGGCAACUGGAGUAGACUUUGAGCGUUGCUCGGACAUGGCUUCUUCGGCUGUUCUCCUUAUAACCGGCGUCGUCGUCGUUGCUGGCGCGCUGCUGCUUUCGCAGGUGGAGGCCGAGCUGCAGAAGGUGCAGCACUCGCCCAAGGAGCACGGGUCGCUGACGGUGCUCGCCGUCGGUGACUGGGGGAGGGCCGGGCAGUACAACCAGACUCUGGUCGCCGAGCAGAUGGGGGUGGUCGGGGAGAAGCUGAGCGCCGACUUCGUGAUCUCCACGGGCGACAACUUCUACAACGACGGCCUCGCCGGCGACAACGACACGGCCUUCUUCAGGGCCUCCUUCAGCGACAUCUACACCGCCGACAGCCUCCAGAAGCCUUGGUACAUCGUCCUUGGCAACCAUGACUACACCGGAGACGCGCUCGCGCAGCAGAGCCCCGCCAUCCGGGACGUCGACACCCGGUGGACCUCCGUCAACAAGUCAUUCAUCGUCGAAUCAGGCAUCGUGGACUUCUUCCUGGUGGACACGUCGCCGUUCGUGCUCAAGUACUGGAACGAGAGCAAGUUCGACUGGAGGAACGUGGCGCCUCGUGACACCUACAUCUCAAAUCUCCUCAAGGAUCUGGAGGAGGCCCUGACGGCGUCCAAUGCGACGUGGAAGGUGGUCGUGGGCCACCACCCCAUCAGCAGCGGCUGCGAGCACGGCAACACCACCGAGCUCCGGGAAUACCUCCUCCCAGUCCUCAAGACACAUGGGGUUGACAUGUACCUGAACGGCCACGACCACUGCCUGCAGCGGACCAGCAGCACCGACAGUCCGGUGGAGUUCGUGACGAGCGGCGGCGGGUCGAAGGCGUGGGCGGGCAAGUUCAAGCCGACCUCCGACAAGAUGGAGUUCCUGUACGACGGGCAAGGGUUCCUCUCCAUGCAGCUCACCGCCGCGGAGGCCCGCUUCGCCUUUUACGACGUCUCCGGCGAGGUCCUGCACGCCUGGGAGCUCACCAAGUCGCCUACCGGCGCGAGGAUCGUGAGCUGAUCAACGUAGUAACUGAAGCGGCAUUGUUCAAUUAAUCCGUGCGAAUCGGACGCAAAUGCUUCGAUCGAUCUCUACAUGCUAUAGUGUCUUGUCUUGCGCCUGUUUGUGCGCGCGCGCUCGGACCGUGUACCAUUGUGACAAAAUGUCAGUAAUGUUCAUUGAUUGAUUGACUGUACUCGUCUGUUGAAUAAGUUAACAAAGACUGUUGGCUCAUUUUGCUGCAA